AUGCCCCCUCGACGGCGCAAACCUCCCCGCGCAGGCGCCCUGACCGAACUGCCGCCUCUAAAGAUCGUCCGCUCCAUCCUCCUCCUGCAACUCUCGUACUACACCACGGCGUUUGUGCUGAUACUGUUCACGACCUUAGUCCUGGGCCAGCGAUUCUCCUUGAACUUGAUCUUUGAUUGGAAUAGCGUGCGUGGGGACACGACCGUCGGCUGGACCGUCGGCUUCUUAUGGGUUGUUGAUGGGUUUAUAACAGUAAUACCAAUCCUCCUCCUCAUCACCCGCUCGAAACUUGUGCCUGAUUUCGCCUUGACGAUCCACUUCAUCCACCUCCUCAUCACCUCUUUCUACACGGGCGCCGUGCCGACGAAUCUCUUAUGGUGGGGUCUGGAAGCCUCCAGCGCGGUGUUGAUGAUUAUUUGCGGCGUUUGGGCUUGUCGGUAUCGCGAAAUGCAACCUAUUUCUUUCGGAACUCCGGCGCCUAGGAAAGUGACUGAUACAGCCAAUGGAUCGGCCGAGGUGGCCGUCGUUGAUGACCAUAUACGAGGCAGCCCGGGCAGGGGCAUGAGGAAUGACGCCGGUUCAAGCUAUGAGAUGGUGACUGUGAGAGGAGACCACAAUGUAUAA